CGAUUCGCUGUGCGCUCGGCAGCUCUUUCUGGUAGCAGGCGGCCAUCUUGCCUGGAGCCUGAGAGAGGGAGAACACCGAUAGAAGGAACGGUCGACACUGGUCUCAGGGCCGCCCCGGGGGCCUCAAGAGCUGGAGGCAGCCCCGGAGGUGGUCCCCGAUCCCGGGCUAUGCUCUUGGACCCGAGAAUGGAAGGCAGAGAGCGGAGGGGGCAAGAUGGGUGGGGAAUGUCAAGCAAGGAUUGCUAGGUGGGGGUGGGGCGUUGCUAUGGCGACUGGGGAAGGCGGGGUCAGGUGUGAGUCGCCUCUGUGACUCACCCAGGCGCUGCCCUAGAAGGACAGGGCUGGGGGUGAUGACCAUGUUAACUGACGGGUGGGAUUCCGCGACAUCCCCGGCGUAGAAGGAUUUGGUGUCUAUGGCAACGUUCACCUGGCGUUAAGGGACGGAACUAAAUUCCUUUGCUUGGGACGCUGACAUUCCAGGCCUUUGUCCUGCAGGCUCCCGCGGGCGGACACGCCAGAAGAGGAGGCCGGGGAAUGGCCGCGGUGUGGCAGCAAGGCUUAGCAGUAGACGCGAGGUACAACGCGUACCGCACACCAACAUUUCCACAGUUCCGGACCCAGUAUAUUCGUCGGCGCAGCCAGCUCCUGCGGGAGAAUGCCAAGGCUGGCCAUCCCCCAGCGCUGCGUCGGCAGUACCUGAGGCUGCGGGGGCAGCUGCUGGGCCAGCGCUACGGGCCCCUCUCCGAGCCAGGCAGUGCUCGUGCCUACAGCAACAGCAUCGUCCGCAGCAGCCGCACUACCCUUGACCGCAUGGAGGACUUUGAGGAUGAUCCUCGGGCCCUGGGAGCCCGUGGACACCGCCGUUCUGUCAGCCGCGGCUCCUACCAGCUGCAGGCACAGAUGAACCGUGCCGUUUAUGAGGACAGGCCGCCUGGCAGUGUGGUGCCCACGUCGGUGGCAGAGGCAAGUCGGGCCAUGGCUGGGGACACAUCGCUGAGUGAGAACUACGCCUUUGCGGGCAUGUACCAUGUCUUUGACCAGCACGUGGAUGAGGCAGUCCCAAGGGUGCGCUUCGCCAAUGACGACCGGCACCGCCUGGCCUGCUGCUCACUCGACGGCAGCAUCUCCCUGUGCCAGCUGGUGCCUGCCCCACCCACCGUGCUCCGCGUGCUGCGGGGCCACACCCGUGGUGUCUCUGACUUCGCCUGGUCUCUCUCCAAUGACAUCCUCGUGUCCACCUCGCUUGAUGCCACCAUGCGCAUUUGGGCCUCUGAGGAUGGCCGCUGCAUCCGGGAGAUCCCUGACCCCAGUGGUGCUGAACUGCUCUGCUGCACCUUCCAGCCUGUCAACAACAACCUCACUGUGGUGGGGAAUGCCAAGCAGAAUGUGCAUGUCGUGAACAUCUCCACGGGCAAGAAGGUGAAGGGUGGCUCCAGCAAGCUAACAGGCCGUGUCCUCGCUCUGUCCUUUGAUGCCCCUGGCCGGCUGCUCUGGGCGGGUGAUGACCGCGGCAGUGUCUUCUCCUUCCUCUUCGACAUGGCCACAGGGAAGCUGACCAAAGCCAAGCGUCUGGUGGUGCAUGAGGGGAGCCCUGUGACUAGCAUCUCUGCCCGCUCCUGGGUCAGCCGUGAGGCCCGGGACCCCUCACUGCUCAUCAAUGCCUGCCUCAACAAGCUGUUGCUCUAUAGGGUAGUGGAUAACGAGGGGACCCUGCAGCUUAAGAGAAGCUUUCCUAUUGAGCAGAGCUCACACCCUGUGCGCAGCAUCUUCUGCCCGCUCAUGUCCUUCCGCCAGGGGGCCUGCGUGGUGACGGGCAGUGAGGACAUGUGCGUGCACUUCUUUGAUGUGGAGCGGGCGGCCAAGGCUGCUGUCAACAAGCUGCAAGGCCACAGCGCGCCCGUGCUUGACGUCAGCUUCAACUGUGACGAGAGCCUGCUGGCCUCCAGCGAUGCCAGUGGCAUGGUCAUCGUGUGGAGGCGAGAGCAGAAGUAGGGUCCUACUGGCUCCGCCACUGUCCGCCGCCAUCCCACCCCCACUACCCCCGCCUCGUGUUGUAAAUAAAGUUGGGGCGGUUGUGCUGAGGGCUGGCUCCCAGCUCUGCCAAGAGCUGGGGGGGAGCGGCUGCUGCUGGACCUGAGGUGGGGUGGGCCCUUUCCCCCCCUGCCUUCCUGUGUCACUGUACCCGUUCACUGAGCUAGCAGUGAUCGGAUGUCUGCUCAGAAGCAGGCUUUGCUUGAAGUGUUUCACUGUCCUGUGUUUGACAGACAUUAUUGAGUGCCCACUAUGUGCCAGGAACUGUUCUAGGCACAAGGGAUACAGCUGUGACCUAAACUGACAGAAGCCCCUGCCCUCAUGGGGCUCGCAUCCUAGUGGGGGCAAGUAGACAGUCAACAAAACCAUGUUAAUAAGUCAGCUAAAGACCUAGUGGUACCCAGAAGUCUAAAGUGAGGAUGGGAGAAAGAGUUGCAGCAGUGGGGGGUUGGGCUCUUUUUGGUGACUUCGUUUGGGAAGACAUUCUUGAAAGAGUGACAUUUAAACAAAGACCUGAAUGAAGUGAGAGGGAGCCAUACUGUGUGGGGAAGAACAUUCUAGGCAGAGGGAAAAGCCAGGACAAAGACACUGAGGCUGGAAUAUGCCAGAAAGAUCAUUGUAUAGGCCAGAGUGUGAUAGCAGAUGAGGUCGGACAGGCCAGGUGCCAUAGGGCUUCGUGGGCCACAGUGAGGACUUGGGCUUUUCUUCUGGGUGAGGGGCAGUCCCCAGAUGGUUUUGAGCAGAGGAGGGCAGGAUCUGACUUUGUCAUAACAUGCUCCCUCUGGCUGCUGUGAAGGGAACACACUGUAGAGGUGAGGGCAGAAGCAGGGGACCACUGCGACAGCAAUGAUGGGGACCAACAGCAGGGAGUGACAGUGGAGGAGUAGUUGGGUUCUACCCUGGGGGGUUCAUCAUAUUAGGCUGCAGGACUCUGCUGUCUCCUCAGGGGGCUGAGUGUCCCAGACGUGACAGCCCCUCCCUGGGCCCCACAGCUGUCUGUGCAUCAGGUUGUCUCCCACCAGUUAGUGCAGAGGUGGUGAGUGCUUGGAGUGCCAAGCUGGUGCAGGGGCAGCCAUGGACCUGAAGGCUGAGCUAGGGGCCCUGCCAUGGGACAGCAGUGAUGGGGAAUCUUUCUCCACCCCCAGAGAAACCCUCCAACCACCCCUGUCUUCUCCCAUGCCCAUCCAAGUCCCAAAUUCAAGCCAUGGAGCAACUCAGAGACCAAAAGGUGAUGCUCAGUAUUUGAGGGAGCCUUCAGUGAGGAGAGAAAGGUUGGGUAUUGACAGGGGAACAAAAACCAAAAUCCCUUGUCAAUAGCCAGAAAACGUCAGUGUGACCAGAAAUUCAAAGAGCCUCUCCUCCAGCUCAGUGCACGGCCACAUAUCCAUCAAUUGGAACCGUGGCUAACAUCUUGGGACCUUAGCGUCAAUCCGCAGAGUCACAGAGACUCCAACCUGGGGACUCGUGGCUAUGAUUUAUUCUAGCAAAAAGAUGCCAAGCAAAAUCAGCAAAGGGAAAUGGUGCAUGGGGGCCAAGUCCAGGGGAGACAGGCGUGAGUUCCCCCAGUAACGGGUUGUGACAACCCAUGUAAAAUGUUGCCAACCAGGGAAGCUCAUUAGAAACUUAGUGCCCAGGGCUUUUAUUGGGGGCUGGUAACAUAGGCACCCCCUUCCUGUCACAUACCCCAAUUCCAGACUCCUAGAAGUAAAACAGGUGUUCAGCAGAAACCACAUUGUUUGUACAAGCAGUUUAGGCACCGUGAGCCACUCUUGUCAUUUAGGAAAGGGUGAAAACCCCUCCUGAAAUCUAAGUUCCCAGAUACCAGCCAAGGGCCACCCUCAAAGCAGGCCUUUGCAAGAACAGUAGGUCAGGCCUGUUUUGCUAACUCUUCUCUGCGUGGUCUGCAACACCAAACAGAUGCUCAGUUUCAGCCAAGGUCUGUGGAUGGCAAGAUAAUUUGGGGGAACCUCAUUUUUCUCUAACGCUUUUUCUUUUCCUCACGCUCUUUAUGUUCUUUAUUGAAUCUGGAUUCAAGAUGAUUGAUCAUGAUUUUCAUUGUGCAUGAUUUUGGGAGUUUCCUCCUUGUGAAAUUUUGAGGUGGCAGAAUUGACAUUCUACUUUAAAUUUAUCUUGGUGAUGCUAUUUUUUGACUCACAACCUAAGAGGAAAUAAAAUAAUGGGCAAAUAAUAAAGAAAGAAUAAAAAAUAAUGUUAUCAGUCAAA